AUGCCCGUGAUGAAGGGGCUCCUGGCCCCGCAGAACACCUUCCUGGACACCAUCGCCACGCGCUUCGACGGCACCCACAGCAACUUCCUGCUGGGCAACGCCCAGGGCCACCGUGGCUACCCCAUCGUGUACUGCUCCGACGGCUUCUGCGAGCUGACGGGGUACGCCCGCACGGAGGUGAUGCAGAAGAACUGCAGCUGCCGCUUCCUGUACGGCGGUGACACCAGCGAGCUGGUGGCCCAGCAGAUGGAGAAGGCCCUGGAGGGACGGGAGGAGUACCAGACGGAGGUCCACUUCUACCGCAAGAACGGCACGGCCUUCUGGUGCCUGCUGGACAUCGUGCCCAUCAAGAACGAGAAGGGGGAGAUGGUGCUGUUUCUCUUCUCCUUCAAGGACAUCAACGACACCUACGGGAAGGCCCACCACAGCAGCAGGAAAGAAGUGUCGGAGGACAGCACGAGGCGGAGCCGGAAGAGCAGCUCCCACUUCAGCGAGGCGCGUAAGCGGGGGCACACCGUGCUCCACCACCUCACCAGCCACUUCUCCCGCCGCAGUCGCGCCGACGUCAACCUCGCCAACAACAUGUUUGAGAAGCCCUCCCUGCCCGAGUACAAGGUGGCCUCGGUGCAGAAGUCGCGUCUGAUCCUGCUGCACUACAGCGUGUCCAAGGCCCUGUGGGACUGGCUCAUCCUGCUGGCCACCUUCUACGUGGCCGUCACCGUGCCCUACAACGUCAGCUUCACGCCCUACGACGAGGUGGACUCUUCGGCCCGCUCCACCAUCGUCAGCGACAUCGCCGUGGAGAUGCUCUUCAUCCUAGACAUCAUCCUGAACUUCCGCACCACCUACGUGAGCCAGUCGGGUCAGGUGGUGUACGAGGCCCGCUCCAUCUGCCUCCACUACGCUACCAGCUGGUUCUUUGUUGACCUGGUGGCCGCCUUGCCCUUUGACCUCCUCUAUGCCUUCAACAUCACCGUGACCUCCCUGGUCCACCUGCUGAAGACGGUGCGUCUGCUGCGGCUGCUGCGGCUGCUGCAGAAGCUGGACCGCUACUCCCAGUACAGCGCCAUGGUGCUCACCCUGCUCAUGUCCGUGUUUGCCCUGCUGGCCCACUGGAUGGCCUGCAUCUGGUACAUCAUCGGCCGCAAGGAGAUGGAGCGGCACCACGACGACGGCUGGGACAUCGGGUGGCUCCACGAGCUGGGCAAGCGCCUGGAGACGCCGUUCGCCAACAGCACGGCGGGGGGCCCGUCGGUGAGGAGCUCGUACAUCGCGGCGCUCUACUUCACCCUCAGCAGCCUGACCAGCGUCGGGUUCGGCAACGUGUGUGCCAACACGGACGCCGAGAAGAUCUUCUCCGUCUGCACCAUGCUCAUCGGAGCGCUCAUGCACGCCGUGGUCUUCGGCAACGUGACGGCCAUCAUCCAGCGCAUGUACUCGCGGCGCUCGCUGUACCACACGCGCAUGAAGGACCUGAAGGACUUCAUCCGUGUGCACCGCCUGCCGCAGACGCUCAAGCAGCGCAUGCUGGAGUACUUCCAGACAACCUGGUCCGUCAACAACGGCAUCGACGCAAACGAGCUCCUGCACGACUUCCCUGACGAGCUGCGGGCCGACAUCGCCAUGCACCUGAACAAGGACAUCCUGCAGCUGCCCGUGUUCGAGGGCGCCAGCCGCGGCUGCCUGCGCUCGCUCUCGCUGCACAUCAAGACGUCCUUCUGCGCGCCCGGGGAGUACCUCAUCCGGCAGGGCGACGCCCUCCACGCCAACUACUUCGUCUGCUCCGGCUCCCUGGAGGUGCUGCGGGACAGCAUGGUGCUCGCCAUACUGGGUAAAGGCGAUCUGAUUGGUUCGGACCUGCCCGACACGGAGCAGGUGAUCAAGACCAACGCGGACGUGAAGGCGCUGACCUACUGUGACCUCCAGUACAUCAGCGUGCGGGCCCUCAAGGACGUGCUGGAGCUGUACCCCGAGUACGCCAGCGUCUUCACCUCCGAGAUCCACCACAACCUCACCUACAACCUGCGGCAGGGCAGCCAGGACGAGGGCCUCACCAGGUUUACAAGGUCACCCAGGCUUUCACAUAACUCACGCGUCGCCGGCGACCACAAGCUGCCGUCCAUUGUGGAGACCAAGGCCGGCGGCGGCGGCGGCGGCGGCGGCGGCGGCGGCGGCAUCGGCUCCGGCCCCGAGGACCCCGAGGCCUUCGGCCUGUCGCCCGCCUCCCUCCGCUCCGGACGCAACCUGCUGCUGCCCAGCUUCGGCAGCCCGGUGCGCCGCACCUCGCUGGGCAACCUGCUGGGCGACGAGCUGCGGCAGUUCAACGCCCUGCGCCGCUGCCGCUCGCCCAACCUCAGCCGCGGCGCCCGCGCCCUGAGCCUCACGCCACAGCUGGCCUCCAAGAAGGAGCACGGCCUCCACGCGUUGGCCCCCGCCUUCGGGGCGUCGGGGGCCACGGUGGGGGCCAAAGGGCAGCCCGGCGGGGAGCAGAAGCCCGCCAAGCUCCUCAUCCCCACGGUGACGUGCUUCGCCCCGCCGGACCUCAGUCCUAGGGUGGUGGACGGCAUCGAGGACAACGCGCGCUCCUUCCACUUCAACGUGGAGCACAGCGGCCCCAAGGCCAGCGCACCUGGCGCCUCCCCAGGGUCCAGGGAGGCCAACUGCAUGCUGCUGUUCGAGACGGAGCAGGUGAAACACAGCAUCUCGGAGCUCAACCUCAAGAUGGGCACGUUGAACCAGGACGUCUCCCAGCUCAGCAAGGACCUCCACCACAUCAUGCUCCUCCUCCAGCUCCAGGUGACCGCCCACCACCACGGCCCGGCCCUCUGCUCCCAGUCCCACCCCCUCCAGACCGCCCCCACCCCGGCCUUGGGUCCGCCCUGCAGCCUGUCCCACGGGCCCCUACCCAGCAUGCACCUCCACCGCGUGUCUGGCAGCGUGGAGAGCCUCAGCCACCUGGGGCCCCUACCGCCACGCAUGGCCCAGCGGGGCGUCGACGGGGCCAACGGGCCCCUCUACCAGUCCCGGUCGGCCAGCCCUGGAGCCGCUAACAUCUUCCACCCCCGUCCCGUGGACUCCGAGGAAGCCCGCCCCAGCCCCCCGGCUCCAUGGAGCCAUGGCCCGCCGUCCCGGCUGGGCUUCGGCCCGGCCUUCCAGUGCGGGAACCCGGGCCCGGCGUCCCAUCCUGGGCACGGAGAGCCGGAGAGCCGGCCUCUGAGCACCAGCCCCAUGAACAUCAGCCAGUCCCAGCCGUCCCUGUUCCUGCACACCGCCCGCCUCCCCCGGACAGCCAGCCCUGUGCUGCGGGCCCACACGGGGAGCUCCCCGCCCUCGCCCCCCCCGACCCCUACAACGGCCGUACCGUCCCGUCGCAGGCCUCCGGCCGCCUCCGCAGGGACAACCGCCUCCCCGCCCCCCGCGUUCUCGGGGGUGGUCCCCGUGGGUUCCCCGGGCGCGGAGCCUCGGGGCCGGGACCCUCUGGGGGCCCUAGACGCCCUGAACGGCCCCGGGCCCCUGGGCGACUCCGGCGGCGUGGGCCACACCAGCCUGGAGAGCCUGCUGGGGGGCUGCGGGGGCUCCACGGAGAGCGCCUCGUCGCGCCGCUCCAGCGCCGACCUCCAGACGCAGAGCACGGAACAGUCGUGGUCGCUGGACCUCACGGACUAG